AUGUCCAAACGAGGCCUUUUGAUUUGCUUCGAUGCUUUUGGAACCCUGUUCACGCCCAAGCGGCCAGUCCACCAGCAAUAUGCCGAGGUGGCGCGCGCAGUAGGCUUGCAGAACAUUCGUGACGCUGAUGUGGAGCGCACCUUUAAAGACGCCUUCAAGCAAGAGGCAUCGCAGCAUCCGAACUUCGGCAAGGCAAAGGGGAUGAAUUCGGAGCAAUGGUGGACGAAUAUAAUCACCAACACAUUUUUACCGAUCGUGGGCAAGGACACACAACUACCGCGCGACCUGGUGCCUAAGCUGCUCCAUCGCUUUUGGUCAGACGAAGGCUAUGUACUCGUGCCCGGCGUGCGUCAAUUCUUCGAGCAACUGCGGGAGUAUUUCGACCAGGACCCACGCCGCCGUCGGGAGGUGCUCGUAGGCGUCAUCACCAAUUCCGACGACCGCGUUCCGGAUACUCUCACAGCGUUAGGUCUCCGCGUGGGUCCGCUGCGAUAUGGUGGCAGGCCGUCGUCGGAAGGAGCCGAGACCAGGACCGACGACAUCAAUUUCACCAUCAUGUCUUACGACGUCGGGCACGAGAAGCCGGCGAGGGAGAUCUUCGUGGCGGCGGAGCAGACUGCCAGCGCAGACGCUGGAGAGUCUCUUGACGACUGGCGGAAGAUCUACGUUGGUGAUGAAUAUAAGAAAGACGUGCUUGGUGCCACGAAUGCCGGUUGGAAUGCCGUCCUGGUUGGUCCCCGGGAUGAACGGUCGGAGUGA